UCUGUCGAUUGUGUCUGCGCAAGUGCAAAUGGCCGCGGCGCGGCUGAUGGACAGCGAGGUCGUCAGCCUCGCCAAGGUCUCAGCGGCGGUGUGGGCGGCCUCGUUCUACGCCCGCCUCGCCGCGGCGAACCUGCGCCCCGGCGCCCCCCGCCUCGCCGCGCUUCUUCCCGUUGUUGCGCUCUUCUGCGGGAUCCCCUUCUCCUUCUCCACCACCACUUUCCGCGGCAGCUCCGCCUUCUUGCUCAGCUGGCUCGGCGUCUUCAAGCUUCUCCUGCUCGCCGCCGGCCGAGGGCCCCUCGACCCCUCCUAUCCCCUCCACCAGUUCGUCUUCUCCGCUUCCCUCCCCGUCAAGCUCCGGCAGUUCACCUCCGCCAAGUCCAAAUAUGUAGAUGCAGCUGCGGACGACAAAAGCGCCGCUGGCAAGAUCCUCGUGUCCGGCGCCGUCAUCCCCGUCAUCAUCUACCUGUACCAGUUCAAGAACGCCAUGAGCAGGUACCAGCUCCUCAUCCUGUACGCCGGGCACAUCUACUUCUCCCUGCAGCUCCUCCUGGCCGCCGUCCACGCGGUGAUCCACGGCGUGCUCGGGAUGGAGAUGGAGCCGCAGGUGGACCGGCCGUACCUGGCGUCGUCGCUGCAGGACUUCUGGGGAAGGCGGUGGAACCUCAUGGUGCCCGCCAUCCUCCGGCCGUCGGUCUACCGUCCGGUCAGAGCUCGCCUCGGCGUCGCGGCAGGCGUCCUCGCGGCGUUCCUCGUCUCCGGGCUCAUGCACGAGGUGAUGUUCUUCUACAUCAUGUGGCGCCCCCCGAGCGGUGAGGUGACCGCGUUCUUCCUCCUGCACGGCGUGUGCACGGCCGCGGAGGCGUGGUGGGCGGGGCACGCGGGGUGGUGGCGCCCGCCGCGCGCAGCCGCCGUGCCGCUGACUCUGGCGUUCGUGGCCGGGACGGGGUUCUGGCUCUUCUUCCCGGCAAUGAUCAAAGGGGGCCUGGACGAGAUGGUGCUGCGCGAGUGCCAGGGCAUGGUGGCUGUCAUGGAGCAGUCCGGCCGCUGGCUCGCCGGCGCGACCAAUGUCACCUUUGCGACACGGUGAGCAGAUGGAAAAGUCAGUCACGAAACGAUCGAUUGGACGUGAGCCACACUAUUGCGGUCUAACGAAAGCUACCCCCCUCGGGAUGGAGAUCUUUUUAUCUUGUCGUUUGUGAUUCACAUAAUAUCCCCAUGGGCAUUUAAAUAGAGUGGUAAUUUAAUUCAGAUCUCCGACUGUUCACGUGGCCAACUUAGAAAGCACUCGGUAUUUGCCUGAUUGCCUCGUCUGGCCGUGAUGCCAGCGAUGCUACUACCACCCCGUUUUGAUCGAUUGUGCUUAAGUUGAUGAGAUAUAUGUGCCAUGUUUCGGAUGGAAAAUUUCUUUAUCAUCUAUUUUCUAAUGUUUUUCAGCAAUUUGGA